GGGAGCCUGUCUGGUGGAGCCAGAGCCACUUAGCGCUCACUGGGGAUGAGACUGUUUGACAGAGAGAGAGAGAGACACAGUCAGAGAGCUGGCAAAUUGAGAAAAAAAUGAGCCAGUCGGAUAUGAAAUAGAGAGAAGUGAGGUGUGUUAGAGAGGGGAUUAUCAACAAGUCCAUCACAAGCCGAAAAAAAACACGCCUAGCUGUCAGAGCUCUUUAGCUGUCAGGAAACACAGACUGAACUUUGUCAUGAACGGAAAAACUGAUGAAGUGGAGUAAAUUGAGGGAAAGAAACGUUUCAUGAUACCAGACAGUUAUUUUGACAUCGUGCUGCCAUGACUCAUCUCCGCAAAGGAUGAAAGACAGAAGAUAAAAAUGGAAAGGAUUAUGCAAAAGGAGAGGAGAUGAUCAUUACCAUCAUAUUAUACGUUUUCAACCUGUCCUGAUCUCAACCAUCACCCCCAACAAGACAAAACAUCGCCAAGAAAGCAAGAGUGGGAGAGGCAGUGAGAAGUAGAGAGUGGGAGGACUGAAAUAAGUAGCACCGAUAAAGAUGUGGUCGGGGCCACAGGGGUAAACUCUCGGAGUGAGACAGGGGAAGUGGAAAGGGGGGAUCAGUCAACAAAACUGGAGGAGAGGGAGAGGAGGCAAGACAGAGGGAACAUCUGUACCAGUGACGGAGGGAUCCUAAUCAAGUGAAUUGGACUGGGAACGCCGCUUCAACAUCACAGGGUAAAAAAAAAAUCUGCAGGACGACGAGCAGAGUCGCUUGGAGCUGAGAAAUGUCAAGUCUUAAGAUAUCCCUGUAUGGGUGAAUGAGGAGAAUUGGGAACUUAAUCAAUAAUCAAUCACCCCAGUGGAGUCCGUUAUUGAUCCAGGACUUGGGCUGUGUGGUUCUUUCAAAACCUCAGGACAAACUGCGAGCGCUGGUGCACGUGUGUUGUCUGACGUACAGCGACUCUCUGAAAGGACCCCAGUGGGACAGUUUAAGAUAUUUUUAGUAAAUCUGGGAAGCAGCACUGUGAUCUGUCCUUGUUUGUUCCAACUGCUCCUUUUGGACUUUUAUAAUCAUGUCUGAUUUGUAUGUUUUUGAGUUGCACAGGAACAUCGCAGUUUAAAUUGGCAAUUCACAAUACAGUAACAGAGUUUGACUGCAACCCAAACUGCACCACUGGGAAAACUCAGAGAAAGCGUUUUAUGUUUUUCUCUUAGCUUUUAGUGCAGUUAGCGCUCCAGUCACAUUUGUAAGCCGUGCUGUCAUCCAGGAUGGAUUAGUUGUGCUUUCGCUGCAGUGCGUGAUCAUUUUUGUAGAAAGAACUCACGGCAUCAGUGCUGUUAGUCUGUAUUUAGUUUCCCGGAGGUUUGUGCUGGAGGGAUAGGUGCCAUUAAAGGUUAUGCCCGUCCAUGCUUGCAAUAGUUGUCCGAGAAGAAUAAUCACUUCCUUUGCUUGUAGAGAUGGAAUUCAUAACACUGGAGGAGGAGUAAAUAUUGAGAUUUACAGAUACUGAAAGUGUCAUCGAAGAAGAUAUUAUUACUACUGCGGGAUUGUGCGCCUUCCCCCUGAGACUAAACCACAGUCAAACUCCUCAGUUCCAAGCUCUGCUGUGACAGCUCUAAGUGCAUUAAAUGACCUGACUAAAGGACCUUUCCAACAGUGGUACCUGUAGCAGUAGAGCACCAUCAGGACAAGAAGAAAACUUUGGAUAAGGAAUUACUGGAGCUGCAAUUAACGGCCCAAUCCAAACACUGAAAAGUUCUAGAGAGGAUCGAGGAGAGUGUUACUACUGGACUGUGAGACGAGUGAGAGACCACCGGAGCCAUGCUGAGAAGCCUGUUCCAGCGGAAACCUAAACAUGAGAGACUGGAAGAGGAACCUGAGGUCAGAUUUAAAGGCUUGCUGGUGUCAGAGAAAGACCUUGGAUACAAAUAUGUCCGACCUGGAGGCUCCGACUACUCUCCCCCUCCCCCCCUGCCUCGGCCACCUCCCCCCGGCCUGACAAAUGAGCACAGCGGCGGUGGCAGCCAUGGUGAACACGGUGGUGGAGGGGGCACGGUCAAUCACGGGGUGGGCGUGGUGGGCCUGGCUCCGGAGCACAUGGCCACUCCGGGGGCGGCCCUGAGCUGGCAGGCGGCCAUCGACGCUGCACGGCAGGCAAAGGCGAUAGGCAACGCCGUGUCAGUUGGAGGGGCGGGGCUCGGGUCGGGAGGCGGCGGGCCCAUCUCCACGGCUAGCUCCACGCAACGGAAGAGACAACACUAUAGCUCCAAGCCCAAGAAACAGACAACGACGACAGCCACAAGGCCGCCACGGGCCCUACUCUGUCUAACGCUCAAGAACCCCAUCCGCAGGGCCUGCAUCAGCAUCGUAGAGUGGAAACCAUUUGAGAUCAUCAUCCUGAUGACCAUUUUCGCCAACUGUGUGGCCUUAGCCGUCUACAUCCCCUUCCCUGAGGAUGACUCGAACGCCACCAACUCCAACCUGGAGCGUGUGGAGUAUCUGUUCCUCAUCAUUUUCACAGUGGAGGCGUUCCUGAAGGUAAUAGCCUAUGGCCUGCUCUUCCACCCCAAUGCGUACCUGAGGAAUGGCUGGAAUCUGCUCGAUUUCAUCAUUGUGGUCGUAGGGUUAUUCAGCGCCAUCUUGGAGCAGGCCACCAAGGGGGAUGGGGGAACUCCCAUCGGAGGGAAAGCAGCAGGCUUUGAUGUCAAGGCUCUGAGGGCAUUCAGAGUACUCAGACCCCUCAGACUUGUGUCUGGAGUGCCAAGUUUACAGGUAGUGUUGAACUCCAUAAUCAAAGCCAUGGUUCCUCUGCUCCAUAUCGCCCUGCUGGUCCUCUUUGUCAUCAUCAUCUAUGCCAUCAUCGGCCUGGAGCUCUUCAUGGGCAAGAUGCACAAGACCUGCGCUCAUGAGCAUAUAGGCACCAUUGCAGAGGAGAAGCCUGCACCAUGUGCACCUGCCGGGGCUUAUGGUCGACACUGUUCUCACAACGGAACCGAGUGCAAAGUGGGAUGGGAGGGUCCGAACGACGGCAUUACCAACUUCGACAACUUUGCCUUUGCCAUGUUGACGGUGUUCCAGUGUAUAACCAUGGAAGGCUGGACCGACGUGCUAUACUGGGUGAAUGAUGCCGUAGGUUACAUGUGGCCCUGGAUCUAUUUUGUCACCUUAAUCAUCAUCGGCUCCUUCUUUGUGCUAAACUUGGUUCUGGGGGUGUUGAGCGGAGAGUUUUCCAAGGAGAGGGAGAAAGCCAAGGCUCGCGGUGACUUCCAGAAACUCAGAGAAAAACAGCAACUGGAGGAGGACCUCAAGGGCUAUUUAGACUGGAUCACUCAGGCUGAAGACAUUGACCCAGAGAAUGAGGAGGAGGGCAUGGACGAUGAUAAACCCAGAAAUCUGAGCAUGCCAGCCAGUGAGAAUGAAUCAGUCAACACAGACAAUGCCCCCGGGGGAGACGUGGAGGGUGAGACCUGCUGUACCCGGCUAGCAAAUAGGAUCUCCAAAUCCAAGUUCAGUCGCUACUCACGAAGGUGGAACAGGCUAUGCAGAAGAAAGUGCCGGGCGGCGGUCAAAUCUCAAGUUUUCUAUUGGCUGGUCAUCUUCCUGGUUUUCCUCAACACACUCACCAUCGCCUCUGAACAUCACCAGCAGCCUCAGUGGUUAACGGACGUACAGGACAUAGCCAAUAAGGUGUUGCUAGCACUCUUCACUGGUGAGAUGCUGUUGAAGAUGUACAGUCUGGGCCUUCAGGCAUACUUCGUUUCGCUCUUUAACCGCUUUGACAGCUUUGUAGUAUGUGGAGGAAUCCUGGAGACCAUUCUGGUGGAGACCAAGAUCAUGUCUCCUCUCGGCAUCUCUGUGUUACGUUGUGUGCGCUUGCUACGGAUCUUCAAAAUAACCAGAUACUGGAACUCACUGUCCAACCUGGUGGCCUCCCUGCUAAACUCUGUCCGCUCCAUCGCUUCGCUGUUGCUCCUGCUCUUCCUCUUCAUCAUCAUCUUCUCCCUGCUCGGCAUGCAGCUCUUUGGGGGGAAGUUCAACUUCGACGAGACCAGACGCAGCACCUUCGACAACUUUCCCCAGUCUCUGCUCACCGUGUUUCAGAUACUAACAGGAGAGGACUGGAACUCUGUAAUGUAUGAUGGCAUCAUGGCGUAUGGUGGACCGUCCUUCCCUGGCAUGCUGGUCUGCAUCUACUUCAUCAUCCUCUUCAUCUGCGGAAACUAUAUCCUGCUGAAUGUCUUCUUGGCCAUCGCUGUCGACAAUCUGGCAGACGCUGAGAGCCUGACAUCUGCCCAGAAAGAAGAGGAGGAGGAGAAGGAGAGGAAGAAACUAGCCAGGCUCGCCAGUCCAGAGAAACGCCACAACAACGAGAAACCGCCUCUGAAGGAGGAGAAGAAGAAGAAGAAGAAGGAGAAAAUAGAGCUGAAGUCCAUCACUUCAGAUGGAGAGACCAACACCGCUACUAAGAUCAACAUGGAUGACUACUGUGGAGAUGAGAGUGAAGAGAAGAAUCCCUAUCCUGCAAACGAUUACAUAGGUGACGAGGAGGACGAGGAGCCAGAGAUGCCAGUGGGGCCGAGGCCGCGGCCACUUUCCGACGUUCAGCUGAAGGAGAAGGCCAUUCCCAUGCCUGAGGCUCGAGCUUUCUUCGUCUUCAGCCACACCAACAAAUUCAGGGUUCUGUGCCAUAAGAUCGUCAACCACAACAUCUUCACCAACCUCAUCCUCUUCUUCAUCCUGCUCAGCAGCAUCAGUCUGGCAGCGGAGGACCCGGUCAAGAACGACUCUUUCAGAAACCAGAUCUUGGGCUAUGCAGAUCAUGUCUUCACCGGACUCUUCACCAUAGAGAUCAUUCUUAAGAUGACAGCCUAUGGAGCCUUCGUCCACAAAGGUUCAUUCUGUAGAAACUAUUUUAACAUUCUGGACCUGGUGGUGGUCAGUGUGUCCCUCAUCUCCUCUGGAAUACAGUCCAGUGCCAUUAAUGUGGUAAAGAUCCUGAGAGUUCUGCGAGUGCUCAGACCCCUGAGAGCCAUCAACAGAGCCAAGGGCCUAAAGCACGUGGUGCAGUGCGUGUUUGUUGCCAUCAGGACCAUCGGCAACAUCGUCAUCGUCACCACGCUGCUCCAGUUCAUGUUUGCCUGUAUUGGAGUACAACUUUUUAAGGGCAAGUUCUUCUUUUGUUCAGACGAGUCGAAACAGACUCAGUCCGAUUGCAGGGGUUCCUACAUCAUGUAUAAGGACGGAGAUGUGGGCAAGCCUCAAAGAGCUCACAGAAAUUGGGAGAACAGUGAAUUUAACUUUGAUGACGUCCUGCAAGGCAUGAUGGCUCUGUUUGCUGUGUCUACCUUUGAGGGCUGGCCAGGGUUACUGUACCGGGCCAUAGACUCUCACGCUGAGGAUGUCGGACCCGUUUACAACUACCGCGUGGUUAUCUCCAUCUUCUUCAUCAUCUACAUUAUCAUCAUUGCCUUCUUCAUGAUGAACAUCUUCGUCGGUUUCGUCAUCGUCACAUUCCAGGAGCAAGGAGAGCAAGAGUAUAAGAACUGUGAACUGGACAAGAACCAGCGUCAGUGUGUGGAAUAUGCCUUGAAGGCCCGCCCAUUGCGCCGCUACAUCCCUAAGAACCCCUACCAGUACAAGGUGUGGUAUGUGGUGAACUCCACCUACUUUGAGUACCUGAUGUUCACACUCAUCCUCCUCAACACCAUCUGUCUGGCCAUGCAGCAUCAUGGGCAGACCUCAAAUUUCAAUGAUGCCAUGAACAUCCUCAACAUGCUCUUCACUGGACUCUUCACUGUGGAGAUGAUCCUGAAACUGAUUGCCUUCAAACCAAGGGGGUACUUUAGUGAUCCCUGGAAUGUGUUUGAUUUCCUCAUCGUAAUUGGCAGCAUAAUAGACGUCAUUCUCAGUGAGAUCAACGGACUGCAGAACUCUGAAGAGAACGCCAGGAUCUCCAUCACCUUCUUCCGGCUGUUCCGCGUGAUGAGGCUGGUGAAGCUGCUGUCUCGCGGGGAAGGGAUUCGGACCCUGCUGUGGACCUUCAUCAAAUCCUUCCAAGCUCUGCCAUACGUAGCUCUGCUUAUAGUGAUGCUAUUCUUCAUAUACGCUGUCAUCGGCAUGCAGAUGUUUGGUAAGAUAGCGCUGCGGGACCACACGCAGAUCAACAGGAACAACAAUUUCCAGACGUUCCCUCAGGCAGUGUUGCUGCUGUUCAGAUGUGCAACUGGUGAGGCGUGGCAGGAGAUCAUGCUGGCGUGCUCGCCCAGUCGGCCAUGUGAGAAGGGAUCAACCAAUGAGAACAGCUCGCCAUUCGAGGACUGUGGCAGCCAGUUUGCCAUCAUUUACUUUGUCAGCUUCUACAUGCUCUGUGCCUUCCUGAUCAUCAACCUUUUUGUGGCUGUCAUCAUGGACAACUUUGACUACCUGACACGAGAUUGGUCGAUCCUGGGGCCGCAUCAUCUUGACGAGUUCAAGAGGAUCUGGGCUGAAUAUGACCCAGAAGCCAAGGGGAGGAUAAAGCAUCUUGAUGUGGUAACUCUGCUACGGAGAAUCCAGCCCCCCCUCGGCUUUGGAAAGCUUUGUCCCCACAGAGUUGCCUGCAAGCGUCUAGUGUCAAUGAACAUGCCUCUGAACAGCGAUGGAACAGUAAUGUUCAACGCCACACUGUUUGCCCUGGUCAGAACCGCACUCAGGAUUAAGACGGAUGGUAACCUGGAGCAGGCCAAUGAGGAACUGAGGGCAAUAGUGAAGAAGAUCUGGAAGAGAACCAGCAUGAAGCUCUUAGAUCAAGUCGUGCCCCCUGCUGGUGACGAUGAGGUAACAGUCGGGAAGUUCUACGCAACCUUCCUCAUCCAGGAAUAUUUCCGCAAGUUUAAGAAGAGGAAAGAACAAGGGCUGGUGGCCAAGGUGGCUCCGAAAACUGCCCUCUCUCUGCAGGCGGGCCUGCGGACGUUGCACGAUAUUGGUCCAGAGAUUCGGAGGGCCAUCUCUGGAGACCUGACUGUGGAGGAGGAGAUGGAUAAAGGCCUGAAGGAGCCUGUGUCGGCUGCAUCUGAGGACGAUAUCUUCAGGCGAACGGGUGGGCUGUUCGGCAACCACGUCAACUACUACAACCAGAGUGAUGGCCGUGUGUCCUUCCCACAGUCCUUCACUACCCAGCGUCCCUUGCACAUCAGCCAGAAGGGCUCACCUUGCGAAGGUGAGAGCCCGUCCCAUGAGAAGCUCAUGGACUCGACCACUUUCACUCCGUCCUCUUACUCCUCGUCAGGCUCAAACGCCAACAUCAACAACGCCAACAACACCGGCAUGGUCGUAGUUCCAACUGAGGGAGUCAGUCGAUUCCCGAGCCCGACUAUAAGCACUGUUGACGGACACACAGGACAGCCGCUCACCCCCAUCCUGCUGCCAAGAUCUGCGUGGUGCUUUCCUCCAAAGAGCUCGGACUCAAGUGACAGCCAUCUGCCAAUCCUACGGAGAGGGGAGGAUUCCACGGAGGAGACGUAUGAUGAGAGCUACGUGGACGACAUGGAGUACCACGAGGAUGACCACUCGCUCUCUUCUGACAUGCUCGUGUAUCAUGAUGAAACAUGUCAGCAGUUGACUCCCAUGGAGGAAGGAGAGGAGGUAGAGGACAGAAGAGGAGGAGGAGGGUGGCAGUCUCCCAGGAGAGUCUUCCUCUGCCCCACUUCACUGGGGCGGAGAUCGUCCUUCCAUCUGGAGUGUCUCAGGAGACAGUCAAGGCCAGACGUCUCCCAGAAGACAGCAGUGCCCUUACACCUCGUACAUCAUCAGGCACUGGCAGUGGCAGGGUUGAGUCCUCUGUUAAGAAGGAGUCACUCACCCACCCUCUUCAGCCGACUGUGCUCCACGCCUCCAGCCAGUCCCACAGCCCAUGGCAGUGAUGCCUCCUACCAGCGAGUGCCCUCUCUGAGGCUAGAGGGCACAAACUCCCAUGAAAAGCUCAAUACCAGCUUACCCUCUGUCAACUGUGGGCCCUGGUACAGUGACAGUAAUGGGAACAGCCGAGGGCCUAGUCCCAGUCUAACCCCCAGCGGGUCAAUGUCCAAUCAAAGAGCACCUCGGCCGGUGUCACUCACAGUGCCCUCGCUACUGGGAAAAGACUACAGCUCACUGUCUCAUGGCAGCGCAGGCAGUCUGGUGGAGGCGGUGCUAAUAUCAGAGGGUUUGGGUCAUUUCGCUCAGGACCCGUCAUUCAUCGAGGCAACCAAAGCCGAGUUGGCUGAUGCCUGUGACAUGACCAUCGAGGAGAUGGAGCACGCCGCCAACAACAUUCUCAACGGCAACAACACCACCACCACCACUACCACCAUCACCACGAACGUCACGUCCAGCACCUCUUCUAACUCCCAGAACAGCCCCAAUGGCAACCUCCUCCCCUUCCACACAGAAGCAGCAUCAAUGCACAGGGACCGAGUGGGCAGCUUUAGUCCCAGCGAGGGCGGGGGAGAGGCAGGAGGGAGCAGAAGCUCCGUCCAUGAGCCAUCCUCUAUGGAGGAACGGCAGGAGCUGCUAGCAGGGGGGAGAGGACAGGAGGAGGAAGAGGAGGAAGAGGAGGAGGAGGAGGAAGAGGCAGGAGAGAGGGAGGAGGGUCACCACAGAGCCUCAGAUGUAAUUGGAGAAACGCGGCAGAGGGACAGCGGGCUGUUAGAAGAUGAGGAUAUGGAGUGUGUGACGAGUUUGUAGGAGUCAGCUCGUCGGAUUCGAUCGGCCAACUGGCCCCUCUGACAUCAUCAGAGACUGACGCUUGUCAGUGCUGGGUAACAGCGCCGCAGCUGGCUCUGUCUGUCCCCACCCCACACACACCCACACACACUGUCUGCCUCUCUGCCAGACGUGACUGCUCUGGACAAUGGCCGCCAGUGACGCAACCUUAAACACCUGGUUACAACUUUGUUGGUUUAUAUGAGUUUGUAUGUGCGUGAAUGUUUGUAGUAAAGUUUACCACACUAUACUCUAUACUAUCUGACUGUAUGCUUGUGUGUGGUCUAUGAUUUUCUCUAUUUGUACAUGUACGUGUGUGUGUGUGUACUCACCACACAUGUUUGAGUGUGUCUCUAAAGUGCCUCACAGUUUUAUCAUGUCCUCAAAGAGCGAUGAGCAGGAAAGUAGAGACGAGCAAAGAAGACGAAGGAAAGUAGGAUGAAGGAAACAACAGAGGCAGGAAGUCAUUUUAUAGAUUUCCUGCAGUCGAUAUCGCGGGUUCAUGGAUUUCAUUUCCUAUGCCUACUUUGGUGUUGUGUUAUUGUUGUUUGCCUGGCCGCCAUGAAGCCUGGUGGGGGACAGAAGACCAGCUUGUGGGGGGGUCAGUUAAGGAUUAAAAUCUGACCGCACCCACUUGCGGUCAAAGGUCAACUCCUCUUUCUUAGUUCACUGAUGAUGAAGCGCUGUAUUGAGUAAAACAGGGGCAGGGAAACCCCUGUUUGAAAUGUCAUUUCUCCUCCAAUCCCAAAGCUAAGGAACCAUGGAGCACAGCCCUGCCAACCUGGGGAUGGGAUUAAAGUGACACACCACCCUCAGCCAAAGGGGGGAAGGAUUUGAGGGAUGGACCAACAGCCACCGCUGAUCAAAGGGGCAACAGGCAGAGAGAGACACUCUCCGGCCAACAGGAAGCCGCCCAGCUCUUUUUUCCACUGAUCAGUUAUCGAGAGACAAACUCACCUCGUCAGUCGCCGAGUUCGGGCUUUGACUCCUCUGCCGCGUUUCCCUCGGUUGGCCAUGACCACUUCCUGUCCAAAACCGGAAUGGGAGGAGCAUUUGGUGGCCAAGCAGAGACAGCAAGCCCUCUUGUCUGCCUCAUACCUCGCCAUUCCUCACACUUCCCUCUCUCCUUCCUCCCUCCUCUUUGGUUGUUAAACCAUCCCUGCCGCCUCCAUCUCUGGGUUUUUGCUUUUUCAGCCCUUGGGGAGGCGCGUGUGUGUGCGUCAACAGAGAUGGUGGAGGAGAGAACGGGAGUGACCAAUUUGAAAGAACACAGACUAGCGGGCAUUGGUCCACACAGGAUCUGUCUGCCAAUCAACUUCACUUCCUUCUCCGAGACCCUUCUCUUCCUCUCAGCGUGGAAUCCUAUAGGAUUUGCUGCCACACUCGCUCUCUACAGACCACGCCCACUAUGUAUUUAACAGUUCAAUAUUGUGCAAAACUGGCUAGCCAUGACUAUUUUGUUUUAUAUUCAUGAUGUUAUUGGUUUAAUUUAUCCUUGAUUUGUUUGCACAAUCUGGGUGCUGGUCUUAUAAAUGUAUUUUUUGCUUGGUUUAUUUUAGGAGAAUUUUUAAGAGGUUUUAAGUAUCGAAGCAGGGCGUAGAGUUUGCGUGCAAGUGCAUAACUAUAUUUGUGUGGGUGUGUCUGAAUUUUAGUACAGGAUGUGUGGAUUCGUGUACGAGUGUGCGAGAUAGUGUGUGUAUCUAAAAGGGGGGUCUUUCUCUCUAUCCGUAUGCACCUUUUACAGAUUGUAUCUAUUUAUUUAUUUAUUUUUCCCAGAAGAGAAAAAAACGUGUGUGAGGAUAAGUGUGUGUGUGUCUGUGUGCGUGCUCCUGUGUUUGAGUGGUUACUUAAGUAUUCUAAAAAGUUGAUUUUAAGCCUAGACACUAAAUUAAGGUAGCAUUACAAGUAUGGUGUUUUGUGUGUUUGCGAGAAUGUGUCUGUGUGUGUGUGUGAUAAUGGGCCUCCUUAACACAGGGUCACCAUGGACAGGCAUGCUUCCAAAGCUUUGUGAUUUCUUUGGCACGGUUUUUUGCUUUUUAGCCAAGCUGCAGUCAGAAGCCACUUGACCUUUUUCCUUUUUUGUGUGUAACUGCUCAUUACAUCACGUUUCCUUUACAUUUCUGUUUGGAGCUAGUUCAGUGUUUAAGGUAUCCAGCCAGGACAGGAGUUUACAUUGGUGAUCGGCAUCGCAGCUUGGAGGUGCGCCAUUUUGGCAGUCGCUGCUUUUCCUCAUCAUGGACGGUCGCUCUGAACGGUAGAAGCACCAAAUUCAUACUGCCACAGUCGGGUGAAUGACCUGAGGUGGGUUCCGCUGUAACCCGAGAACAGUAAUCACAUGAUUUCCUCAUUUAAUCAUAGUUAAAGCUACAAAUGAAUUAUUAGGGCUGGUGUACAGAUGCUGCAAGACUUCUGAGUCACACCUCUUUCUCUGAGGUGUGCUCACAUCACAAAACAUUAUGACUUAUUAGCACUGUUGAUUUGUAUUUGUCUGUAGUGCAGUUUACUGGGAAAACUCAUUACUGGGGAAUUAUAAUACAAACAGGAGAUUUACAGAUAAUUGAUAAUCGAUUGGUUGAUGGGAUUCAUUGUUGGAUAUCAAUCAGAAAACUGUCUGAGGGAAGUUGCGUCGUGGAACAUUUCCUUGUGUUUUUUUCUUUUUCUCUUGCCUUCUUGGUAGCAUGCUGACAUCUGUUGACUGACCUUUCUCUAUUUUAGCCUCUCCCUUGAUUACAGUUUGUAUUUAGCUUAAUGGCCACAGUACGCCAUCGAUAAUUAUGGUAGUCAGGCCUCAGUACAUUACACAGGGAACAGGUCUCCCUCCAGUAUUAUAUCUCAUAAAACCAUUCCUGACGUAAGCGUCACAGCACCGUCACAUUUAUUAUCAGUAUUCAGAUGAUAUGAAAUCUGAAAAACCCCACGAUCUUGAUGCAGAAUCAACGAGACAAAAAGAUAGUAUUAAAAAUACCGGACCAGUGAAGAUACAUAUAUAUAAAUAUAUUUACCUACAAAAGCAGAAAUAGAUGGUGUAAGAAAGUCAAGGGUUUAGAUUUUUUUUUUUAUAAAUGCAUUUUGCCAAAGUAUAAUAAUAUCUCUAAAAUCCAGCCAAUCCAAUCCCAGAUACAUUAUCACGUGUUAGUUGUAACUUCACUUUUUCGUCACGGUCUCACUGCUGAGCUCUCGUUCCUCCGCGUUAAGCAGAGCAGGUUUGUGGCAGGGAAGGGUUUGCAUGAACACACAGCCAUACACUGCAUCCUGUGCCAGUAACGGACUCCUGACAUUAUUAUGCAAAUUAAAUGUGAAUUUUGAAUGUUUUUUCAGUGGCAGUACUAAUGUGGCUGUGAUCAUAUACGGCAAACCCUGAAGAACUCUGUGUCGUCGAAGGAAUACCUUCCCUGGUAUUUAGACUGUUAUUCUUUUUCACAACACUAGCUUCACAACACUAUCUUAGCUCGCAUCAGUUUGAGUAUAAGCUGUUUAUUUUCCUUUUCAGACUUUUAGUCUAAAAUCUAGCACGGCGGAUUUGAGUACAGUCGUGUGUUGAUUCAUGUGCACGGCAGGAUCUUGCUUCAGGGCUUAAGCCGCACAAUCUCAAUUUGUGCUUUGGUUUUUGUUUCUACCCUUUGUUGGAUCAGUUAAAUAGUUAACCCUCACUUUAAAACACAGCAGGGGUUCCUCCUCCAGGCUCCUCUCCCUCUUAGGGUCUAAAUCCUCACUGAUAAAUGUUACCAGUGGGCACCUGCAUUUUAAAGGACUUUGUCACUUUAAAGUUUGUACCCAAGCUACUUUUGGCCCGGAAUGUUAUUCUGCUUAUUAUCGACCAUAUCAUCCAGUGUAACAGCAGCCCUGAAUGUUCGGAUAACAAAACCAUGUGAGGAAGAACAGAGAACAACAGAGUCACUCUUAGUCCUGGUCAUUUAUUCUCAAGGUUGCAUAACAGUUAUUGUAUUUAUCAUCGUAGCCUUCAGAUGAAUUUAUGGGUAAUCACAAAAAACUCCAAUUUGUUCAGUGUCACAUGAACAUGAAUGAUGCAUAUAUGCUCUCAGAACCUAAAUUCAGCUCUAACCUUUCGCUUUUAUGUUCCUAAUAAAUUUGUAUCUAUACUUUAUAUUUUAUGUGCUCAAAAGCUCUAUAGUUUCAAAUGCGGAUGAGAGAGAUUCAGAGGCCUGUGGUGCCCCCGUGUGGAAUGGAGCAAUACUGCAUUUUCUUUUGUUCUAAAUAAGUUAGCAUGAACUUUGAGGUGUUGUGUUGCAGUAUAACGGUGUGAGUGGGUGUAAUCCUGCAUCCCACAAGAUAUGCAAAAACAAUGCAAUAACUAUGACUGUAUACAAGGUUCCCGAAGUAUAUAUAUAUAUAUAUAUAUAUAUAUAUAUACGUGUGAAAGUGGAAAACAAAUCUAUAUCACGAAGAUGUAUUAUUUUCUGUUUGUUGAAUUUUGAAGUAAACUCAGUGGUUUCCACGCCACAGAAACCUAAAAUACUUGAAAUCAGGUACAUUGCAGUGCAGUAUAGUGAAGAUGUAUUUAUUUAUAGUUCUCCUAUGAGGGUGUCGAGUCUGUAGCUGCAUAGAGACAGUGACCUGAAACCCAUGUUUUUGCUUGUGGUCCAACAUCCAGCCAAUGGAGACCCAGAGUGACAAGUCAUUUAGUUUGACGACUCAGCUAAAACCAACUUCUCUGACUCAGAACUUUUUGGCUUAUCUCUUUCUCUUGUUUAUUUCCAGUAACACGUAGUUAAAGCUUUGUCACUUUUGCAUGAGGUUCACAUUUCACAUGCCGACAUUAGAGCAUUCCAGGUUUUGUCAUCAUUUGAUUUAAUCGUGUAUCACAACACAUUUUGACAGAGUAGCUAUAGUGUACAUACAGAUACAUGAUGAAAGUCAGUAUUUAUUCUCUUAAUUAACACUUGACAGUGGACAGUAGUGGAGGAUGGUGGUUUUGCAUAUCUUGUGUCUUAUGGGCUCGUAGUUUAUUUCCUGAAUUGUAUUCUGAAUAGGACAGAGCUCAUGUUUAUGAUUGUUGAAAUAUUAAGGAAAUGGCAAACUACAUUAUUUUUAUUCUCCACUUUCGACAGCUGUCACUUUCUUUGCCUGUGUUGUCAUAGUCUUUGUCUUCAGUUCCUCCUCUCUCAGACCAGUGGCAAUGAAAUGGAUCAAAUGGCCCGUAAUUAGUUGUUUUUUACUCAAAUCCUUCAACAUGGUGAACAAACACUUGGCACAUACACACUUUAUUGCUUUUGGAUGUGUCCAGCACAGAGCGAUGAAUAGUUCCACAGAACUGGAGCAGUGUCCCAAUUCCAUACCUCAUGCUAAAUCUAAGCAGGUCAGAUAGACGUGGUGAGAGUAAAUGAUAAUGUCUCUUUAAAGCUACAUUUGGAGAAUAGAGCCUCUCUCAUUCCCUUUUUAUCCUGAAUGCCAGUUGCUUCUCUAUGUACAGGGAGCAGGUACGAUUUCCUGUGAGAAAGAAUCAGAUCCAGCAAGUUCAAGAGUAAAGAUGAACUGUUGAUUGGUUAAAAUCAGUCAAUAGAAUCCAGUGUUUAUCUACAAUUAAGGAAACUGUUCAAAUCUAAAGAAUUUUAAACAAGAAGCCGGGGAUCAUGGGUAAUAUUUACAAGUCAGAGUUAGCCUUUGUUUGAUCUAUCACCAAUCUCUCAAACAGAACCCAACAGAAUGAAUCCUCAUGUGUGGCUGCAGAGGGUGUUGUUGCUCAGUAAAAGUAGCAUUGUGCUCAUUUCACACAGUUAUGGCAUAAUUUCUUAUUAGUAUGAAAUUAUUAAGUUUGCUUAUUUCAUUUAUGCCAACAGCAGAAAUGUAUUCUAUAAAAAUUAGUAUUUAGUUAUGCUGGAUACAAUAAGCAUGUAAUAUGGAAUUGGAACACAGUUUGUUUCAAACAGCUGAUAUUUGGACUAACUAGCAGGAGAAGCACAGUGGAAACCAAUAACACUUCAGUAAACCAGCAUGCACCGAACCACAGCUGGAUCAGAGACUUUAUUCUAACUUUCAGUUCCAGCUGCGCUUUUAGAAGUCACACUGGUUCUUCUGUGUGGAUCCCUGUUCCUGUGGUUCCCUGACUGACUCUAGUUAGUUACUUCCCUCUGUAUCAGGCUGAUAAGCUCCAGCUGUGUUUGCAGUCGCCCUCCAUCUCCACCCAGAGCUCCACUAAAACUACACCCUAAAAUUGAACUCCUCCUCAAGUCAAAGCUGAGACGCAGAGUGAAAGCCUUCAUGACAAUCGAUUAGUGGUUGAUGACAAUGGGAAGCAGCGGGUGUAAGAAUGUUGUUGUUAGGGAUCGAAGAAGGUUUGGUUUCCUCCUGUCUGGAUUUCAGGGCCGUCUAAGAUCUGACAUGAUGAAUUUCAUAUAUAUUCAAGUAAUGUUUUACAUUUGCAUGGAUUUCUCCCUAAAAAAAGACUGGUCCUAUGUGAUUGAUAAUAUAUUUUGUCUCACCACUAGCCAAUGAUUGUAUAUUUUUAUAUAGCAAGAUAUGUAUGAAUAUAUAAUAUUUAAUCACCAGAAUGUUAUAGAGUUAUGAAAAGGGCAAGACACAUAUUUGGGAAUGUAAUUAGUAAAAUAUUGGUUGUGAACAUGGUCUAUAUAGAGAAACUUACUGAAGGUCGGUAUGAAUUUAUUGAAGUCCAACUUUAUUGACUGUAUUUUUGACCAAAAAGAAGCAGCAGGUGAUAAAGCUGUUAUAUUUACUGGAGAGGAAAUAUUGUAUGUUUUAGCUGAAGGGAAAUAAUGAAUAUGAUUGGCUCUUAGGAUGUUUCAAAGACUUGUUCCCCAGAUGAGGUGGUUUAAUUUGAUGUAGAAAGUCUGUUUUACAAGUUAACUUUGUAAUACUCACCUUGACUUGUGCUCUGAGAGUAGACGCGGGAUGAAUCUGUUAUUUCACACCUUCUUUUGAAUUUUAAGCAGCAGAGAGAUCCAAAAAUCCGACUUGUUCUUUUCUCGUGUUUGUUUUGUGUUUUGUGAAAUGGCCUGAAAGACGUGAACCUGCCAGGAGCCUGUCAGCGCAGGUCCAAGUCUGGACGUUUUCAUACUGUAGCACUGAGAGACCUGUCUCUCUUUCUGGUCCUACAACAGAGAAAUACACACACAAACAUAUAUACUGUACACUUUUUCAAACAUCUUGUUUAAGCUUUUAAAGACAUUUAACCAAAAAAUUCAACCUGUCAAGUACUAAUCUUUCUGUCUCUCUCUCUCUCUCUCUCUCUCUCUCUCUCUCUCUCUCUCUCUCUCUCUCUAUGCUUCGAGCCAUUAAAACCAUGUAGCUUCUAUUUUUUUCCAAGACAGAAUAAAGACGGAGGACUUGAGCUGCAUUGGAUGCAGAGCAGGAAGUAAACAAGUAGUUUUGCGUCUUGCAAACUUAUUUGACGUUAUCUUGACAUUGAGGAACCACUGAAGGAUAAAAAAGUCUGAUCUUCUUCCAUCGUGGAGAAGAGCUGCUGUGUGCGAUCAUAUGUUAAACAUUUAAAAAGUAUUUCAAGUUUCUUGUUCAACCUAAACUUUACACAGAUGUGUGUUUUUCAGGGACAGUGAGGCUGUCUUGUUCUCCUCGUGUGGAUCUAACUGCGUCGCAGCAGAUGUACGUUUAUAUUUUCUUGUAAACCGAAGUGUUUGUCGAUCAUCGUCUGAUCCUGACAAAAAUAAUAUUUUAAGAGGACUAUUUUGAAUAUAGAUUUAUUUUUCUUUUAUUCUAGGUAACAAAUCAGCCUAGCCUGUUGUCAUAGGAUUUUAAUUAAUCGAAUUAUAUCUUUUAAAAGGGAAAAUAUGAAUUCCCUUUUCAGGAGAAACAAGAGAAAAUCACCUUCUUCUAUUGUACAGAUGUUAUUUUGAUGUUGAUGGUAAUGAAAGCUUUGGGAACAUGAGCAGAACGCGACAGAGGGUAUAUAUAUUAUUAUUAAAUACACAUUUAUAUUGUAAGUAUCUUCUAUUUUAGAUAUUAUACAUAUAUAUACAUAUAUAGAAACUAUAAAUUAUAAGAUAUGAAAUGAUAGUUUGGAGAUGGACUUGCAGAGGAACUAAAGAGCUGGUUUGAAGGUGCAAUACUGUUGAAUUUUUCAGUUUUAGACCCAGAGGAGAAAUGUUUUUAUUAGUUUCACCAUCAGCUUAAUGUUUCCAUGAGCUUUGGAAACAAUGUUACUGUUAAGUUUCCUUUACGUGAAGCUUUACCUUUGUCUGAGUGUUGCCAAUGCAAAAGCAGGAUACAGUUAUGUAUCAGAUUAAAGUGGGGUGCAUUUUAUUAAAAAGUAUAGUGGAACAUGACAGAUACGAUCCUGGCAUUGACCACCUCUUAUUAAUCCUAUUAAAUCCGAUGUGACAAUGUUCAAAACCAUUAUCAGCACUGAAACUUUUAGCUAAUGAUUCUGCACUGGCUCAUAGUAACACUCACAUGGCUUUGAUUCUUUUCUUAUAGGAUAGGCUGAUGCAUGACAGUUCUAAUAGACGCAUGUAAAAGUCUGGUGAGGAACAAAAGUAUCUUUUAUUUCCGACCGCCUUUACUUUUCUCUACGUGGCCGGUUGUGCCCCCCCGGCAGAGAAACCAGAUAGAUAAGAAGCACUCGCCCGACUGAUUUAGAAAUAACUUGUAGGAUGAGCUCAAUAGAACUCACCCAUUGUGUAGCAGCUACUUCGGCCGUGUUAGGACGAGUGUUCGUGUUUUAAGGAGCUUGAAAGCCUCAUUGUUCACUCACCUCUUCUUCUUGUUAUUCCCUCACUUGUUUGACUGAUAAAUCAUUAAGGAGGUCCCAGUCUGCACAUUUACCAUUUGUUGGUACAGGAGGAUGCUGCAGCCGAGGCUCGUUGACUUGAACUUUCUGUACCAGCCAGUGUUUCUAACUGGGACGUUCUUCAGGACAGUAGUGCAGCUCCAGAUGUGUGUCACUGGUUCGGGUGUUGAAUCAGCUGGUCCUCAGUAGAUCCAUGAAUCCCUGCAUCUACGUCUCCUCUCUACUUUACUGAUAAGAGCUACUUCACACGAAUGAUCAUUAUCUCAGCACUGUCAUCCCUUGAAUGUAGGACGCAGCGAUGCUCUGUUAACUCCACAUGAAGUAUUUGAAUAUCAGAUUUAGUCGACCAGUUGAUGUUUGGAUAUUUUUCCUUUUCAGCAGCCCUUCAUGGAAGGUGGUAUUUUAGGCAGAUGUCUCAGUGUUUGUCCGUCACACACACACGAAUCAUCUGGAUGCAGCUCAACACGUCGAAACUUGUUAUUUCAACCUUUCCAGAGAACAACCCCACAUUGAGUUAACAACAGAAAGGUCUUGUGUGCCUGUGUGUGCAAAUGCAGCUUUAAUGAAUGAGUUGUUGAGAGCAUCGACAGCCUCAUGCAUAUCAUCAGUGUUUAUUUCUCGCAACACGCAGGCUUUUUUCUGUUUCUUUAUUUACCGGGUGAAUGCCGUGGCUCCUUCCUCUGCUGGUCCCUCAGUAUCUGACCUUGUUCCCAGUCUUACUUCACUACUCAUGCAAAGUGUUCGAGGGCCUUCGAGAGGAACGAGCCGCUUGUUUCCCUUCUUCUCCUGUCCGAGCGAGGUCCGUCGUUAACCCUGGAGUUUAUUUCAUGGAGAGACGUGUUCACACCGAGACCAAUCUGUGGUAAUAUUAGUAGUGGCGCUACUGUUCAAUGUAGUAUUUAAUAACAGCACUAUUUAGGGUCAGAAAACGAACUAGAGUGUGUUAUUGUGCUUUGCAGUAGCUUUGGAGGCAGGUGGCUGUUUUGUGACUGAGUUCUUCAACAUGAAGCCACUCCCCCUCUGCUCUGCGAGGGAUUUCAUUGGUUCUGAGGUUGCUAAGUGACACUGGCCCAACAUCAUUUGGUUUCCUCGGUUACCGUUUGUCUCCUUGGUGAUGACUGCAUGGCCUAACAGUUGACACGCCCCCUUUCUUCUUCUUCUUCUGCUUCUCUUUCUUUUUUCUAAAAGGAGAGUUCCUGUUUUAUUUUGUUUUUUUUCGUUCAUUUCAUUUUAGAUUUUAGUAAGAAAGAAUACAAAUGAAAUAAAUCAGAAUAUUAAUUCAAUCACUUUUUCUACUCCUAUUUUCAAUAAAAAGUGAAAAGAAAAACCAAACAAAAAGUUGAUUUGUAAAUAAGUAAUGUACAGUUUGUAUCUGUAACUUGUCAGUCUGUCAUUGGUGACAGAGUCUGUCUUGCUUAUAACGCACGCUAACAGUAAAUAAAAAAGGAAAAAGUAUAUUUAGACUGUAUGGUCCCUUGAAAGCAAGUUUUAAAUUAAUAUCUGAUGUAUAUUCCUGUAACAUUGCAUUUUUAUCUGAGGAAUGAUGUUAUUAAAAAAUUGCAAAUAAAUUGCAUUUCCUACA